UUGGACAUCCAAGCUGACUUAGUCGCGUGUCGGUGUUGAGACUUAGCCAGUCGCAACACCAGUCGUAAUACCAAAGCCUCAAAGAUAAUCCAUGAGAUCUCAUCCCUCAUCUCUGGCAUCACCACUGAGCACGGUUUACACACACACUCAGAGACACACACUCUAACAUACACACAUAGUCGCUCUAAAAACAGAAAACAAAUGAUACAACGACACAUAACACUGCAAAUUUGAUUCACAAACAUAAAAAUCAGCUCAGGAUCUUCACUGUCAUCAUGAGUCUCAAACAAGCCUGUAUCUUUCUCAGAGGAGGAACGAGGAGACAAACAAGAGCUCUUACCAAUGAAGAAAUAGAAGAGUUACGUGAAGCUUUUGUGGAGUUCGAUAAAGACAAGGAUGGUUUUAUAAGCUGCAAAGAUCUGGGCAACCUCAUGAGGACCAUGGGAUAUAUGCCAACGGAAAUGGAGCUGAUAGAACUGAGCCAAAACAUCAACAUGAACCUAGGAGGACGGGUGGACUUUGAGGAUUUUGUGGAACUCAUGAGCCCGAAGCUUCUGGCUGAAACUGCAGGCAUGAUUGGAUUAAGGGAACUUAAAGAAGCCUUCAAAGAGUUUGACAUCGAUGGUGAUGGUAGCAUCACCUCUGAAGAGCUGAGACACGCCAUGAUCAAGUUAUUAGGGGAACAAACCAGCAAAAGGGAAAUUGAAGCUGUGGUCAGAGAAGCGGACAACAAUGGAGAUGGAACGGUCGACUUUGAGGAGUUCGUGAAAAUGAUGUCACGGAAUUGAUGGCGACAAAGUGAAUGCAGGGAUUUGUUUUUAUUGACGUUUAUGUAGCUAAGAGUCCAUUUCUCAUGAAUAUUUGUUGCCAUUAUUUUUCCCAUAUAAGUGGAGAAACUUAACUUCAUCAUUUUCCAAAGUUCGUUAACUUUGAUUUGACAAAAUGUUUGGUCUUUUUUGUGUGUUUGUUUUUGAAGUCAUAGUUCCGCAUGUGGGCCAGUGUAUUGUCACCUGGCUUCUCAGAAUCUCACAGACCUGAGUAAUGAGAACAUCUCAGGAUGAAGUCAGUCAGAGGGGAAAAAAAAACAUUUUAAAGAGAGCAGCUCUUAAUCAAAGGUUGGAAGUAGUGUCAGUGGUAGAAAUGUCCCUUCCUGAGGGUUGCCCUCUUUUUUCCCCAGACAGAUAUAGUGUGGCAUAGUGGCUGAUGUAUAUAUGCCAAUGUAUAGAAAUACUAAGAGACAAGGUGUCCAUGUCAUUGCGUUAUUUUAUUACGUUUAGUAGUAUUUUACAGAGAUCACUGUUUGUUGCUAAACCAGAUGUUCAGUCUAUUUUUAAUUUAUUUAAUAUAUCACCCUAUGACAGCUUCACUAUCUCACCUGCUCUGUUCUUGUAACCAUAAUGACAAAUGCCCUUAAUUACUUGAAUGUUGCAUGUUGUAUUGAUUUUGUAUGGUCUAGGCGGCAAAGAUAUGCUUGGUUUAGGAAAAGGUUAUUAGUUGUAGGUUGUAAGAUGGGGGUUUAGGCGGUAAAGUGUUGAGUUACUUUCUUAAAGUUUGUGAAAAGUGUGGUCAAGGUAAAGUGCAGGUCUUGCUGUAUAAAUACACAGAUUAAAAAUG